AUGAAGCCCUUGAUUCCGUUCUUCGCUCUGGCAGCCGUAGCCUUGGCGGCGCCCCAAGGAUACUCUAAUCCGGUGCCCGCCGGAGGAGGAGUACCUCUUCCUGCAGUAGCAGCAGCACCUGUAAUAGAUGCUGGAGCAGCUAUCCCGGUGUCCUGCCUAGAUGGAGAAGUACUGAACGUAGAUGGAACUUGCUCAGUCCCGCAGAUUACCCGUCAUGUGUACGUCUUCGCGGCUCCCGACCAGCCAGCGCCUCAAGGUCCUCCUCCGAGCAUCCCUCCUCCUCAGGUUGAGCACAACGUGAUUUUCAUCCGCGCUCCCGAGCAAGCGGAUGCGGCUGAACCCAUCGUGGUGCCACCGCCUCAGCAGCAGAGUGUCAUCUACGUCCUCAACAAGAGGCAGCCCACCGUCGGAGGCCGCCCGGUGAUCGAGGUCCCUGCGCCGCCGCCCUCCAACCCCGAGGUCUUCUUCGUCAACUACGGCCCCAACGAAAACCCCGUCCUGCCCGGCGGCAUUGACCUUCAGUCCGCUCUCAGCUCCGCAGCGCCCUCCACGGGUCAGCUCAUUGGAGGCGGUGGCGCUGGAGGAUUCGACGCCGGAGUUGGUGCAGGUCCUGUGGGAGGAUUCGAUGCAGGGUUUGCCGCCGGGCCCGCAGGAGGGUUCGACGCCGGUGUUGGACCCGCUGGAGGAUUCGGCGGUGGCGUUGUUGCCAGUCCAGGCCCUGGUGUUGGCGUCCCUCUAUCUUCUGCCGUAUCUGCUGGCUCUGCAGGACUCCCCGGCCCCCAGCUCGGCCUGGACAACUUGGCCAACGACUACACCCCGAACGCCGUAGAACCGCCACUUGGCCUCUACUCCGCGCCGUAA